UUCCGUUGUCUGAGGGCGUUUUUUCAAGCUUAGCACCAGAGAUUUUUGGGGUGGUGGCUGCUUGGUUUAUAAGUUUGGAGUUCCACCAAGUUAUUUGAGGACACUGAUUUGAAGGAAUUCUCCUCAUUUAUAAACUAUCGCAAUUUGGGCCCUCCAAUCGAGGCUUCAAACCUUGUUUUUCUCCUUUUUGGGAAAACAAGUUCACGGAUCAAAAGAGUGGUUUACCAGCUGACCAAUAAGCUACCAUUUGAGCUAGCUACUGUAGCUUGAUAGCUGAGAAAGGCGUCGAUGCAGGCCAUCAAGUGUGUUGUAGUGGGGGACGGAGCUGUGGGUAAAACAUGCCUGCUCAUCAGCUACACCACCAAUGCGUUCCCCGGGGAAUAUAUACCCACAGUCUUUGACAACUACUCUGCCAAUGUGAUGGUCGAUGGGAAACCAGUUAAUCUGGGUCUAUGGGAUACAGCAGGACAGGAAGACUACGACAGACUCCGACCACUGUCCUAUCCACAGACGGAUGUGUUCUUGAUUUGCUUCUCCCUCGUGAGUCCUGCCUCSUUUGAAAACGUCCGUGCCAAGUGGUACCCAGAGGUGAGACACCACUGCCCCAACACCCCCAUCAUCCUGGUGGGCACCAAGCUGGAUCUGAGAGACGACAAGGACACCAUCGAGAAGCUGAAGGAGAAGAAACUCACCCCCAUCACCUACCCCCAGGGCCUGGCCAUGGCCAAAGAGAUUGGAGCAGUAAAGUACCUGGAAUGCUCAGCCUUGACACAGCGUGGCCUUAAGACAGUAUUUGACGAAGCCAUCCGGGCGGUCCUGUGUCCCCCACCCGUCAAGAAGAGGAAGAGGAAGUGCUCACUACUCUAAAUUCCGCAGACAGGAAGUAGGAAGUCACACUGCAGUCUGAGCUCACCUAUUGGUAAUGAAUAAGAGGGCGGGGGAGUGUCUUAGGGGGAGGAUUCUACAAAAACCAUAUGUAUCCAGAUAUAUAAAAAAAAUCUCUUUUGUAUUGUAAUUGGUACAUACUACUUAAAUAUGAUUGAUUUUAUUAUACGAAGCUUAGAAUUAACUCUUAUUCAGCUCUAGGAAAAAGGGGGUUGGACAAGCCCUACAUGUUUCCCCUACACUAAGAAAUUCCUGCUGCCUUCAAAAAUGUUCCUUUUUUUUAUGUUCCUGGAAGGUAAUACUAAUUGCGCUUUUCAAUUUCGGUCUCUUUCCACUCUUCUCGAGUACAUAUUGUUUGUUUACAGACUUCAAUGAAUUGAGAUGUUGCCAAAAUUCCUACUUCAUAUAACGGUCAUCACUUUCUAGGAGCUCCGUGUACACUAAAUGUCAUGAUUUCUUGUUUUUUCUCUUCUGUACAAUGUUUGCGAUUAUAAUUUGCUUAAUCUUGACAAAACGGUUUAUAGCUCAAGAGAAAUCUAAAUAAACAAAAAUUCUAAGCGUUGUACUAGCUGUUAAGUUCUAUAAUCAUACUCUAUGUAGAUUUAGAUCAAUAAUUUCUCCUCAGGUGAAUUUGAUCCACCUUCGAAUACAUUGUCAAAACAACUGAUGUCAGUCAUGGAUAAUAGCUAUCAAAUUAUUCCUAGGUGGAUUUAAAUGCAUAUUAGAUCAAUCUAAAUCUCUACUUGUUGUACUUGGUGCUCCCCCUUGGUCUGAGAAAAGAUCCAGUAUUUUACAUUCUGAAGGCAUCUAGACUAGGAAUGCACCUGACCAGGUGUAUAGGAGAACCUAUUGGUCAGAAAGAGGAUGGAGAAUGGUUCUUUUUAUCAGACCAAUUUAGAUGGAUCCCUCUUGUUGGAUUAAACAACAGUUUCAAACCAUGAGUGUUACUGUACAUAAAUACAUCCAUUGUACGAGUAUUGUCAGUAAUGGAACUGUACUGUGUAGUCCGCCAGCUUUACACUCCAGACACCUGGUGCAUCAUGACCUUUUUCUUAUAGGCCUUGUUUGUUUUAUGGUAGAAUCUAGGCCUGUAUUUGACGUUAUUCCCUUUUAACGGGUUCUGUCAGCAGUUUCCAUCUAUCCAGUCCUUUAAAAAAAGUAUAGUACAAGUGUGAAGAAUCUGGAGUUUGUUUGCUACUCGUAAGGAUGUCAUUGACAUGAUGCUAUGUAAACAUUACUAUUACUGUAUCACUAAACUAUUUUCAUAGCGUUCAGAAGUCAUAACUGACCAUGUUUUUGGUUUACAGUAGCUUCUAAUGGCUGUAUUUACAAUAUACAGUAGUUCAGUGAUAUUCAGUUCAGUGCUCUUUAUUUUUGACUUAGUGAGAGGCUGUUGCUCUGAGGUAUUACCAGUGUACUAAUGAAUGGCACAAUGAAAGAACUCGAUUUGUUCUGCUUUUAUUUGGACAUGAUAGUGGUUAAUCUUCWGAAUUUUUUAAAAAAGCAAAUAAAUUCAUUUAAAAUCUC